UCCAGUGCAAGGCGCUGCUCGCUCACUCGGUGUCUCUCUGGCAGUUUCUCAAUACUCGCAGUGGCGCCUUGCAGGCUCUAGAGGGAGCGGCGCUCAGUGUCCCCGUUUGCUAGCGCUGGCGCUACGAUCCCUACUUCCUCAUCCCUGCAGAAGCAACUUGUGCGUUCGGCUGGGACGUUCACCAGGACACCCAAACCCGCCCAGGGCUCUCGGUCCCGACUCGCCGAACCUGUGCUAAGGGCGGCAGAGUUCCCGGGGAAGGAAGCCAGGAGCCCAGCGCUUCACUCGCCGGCAUAAAAGAUUCUCCCUGCAACUUCUGCACAGCGAUGUCCAAGCCGCCACCUAAACCAGCCAAACCAGGGCAAGUCAAAGUCUUCAGAGCCUUGUAUACAUUUGAGCCCAGAACACCAGAUGAACUGUACUUUGAAGAAGGGGACAUAAUCUACAUUUCUGAUAUGAGUGACACAAAUUGGUGGAAGGGAACCUGUAAAGGCAGAACUGGACUGAUUCCCAGCAACUAUGUGGCUGAACAAGCAGAAUCUAUUGACAACCCACUACAUGAAGCUGCCAAAAGAGGAAACUUGAGCUGGCUGAGGGAGUGUUUGGAUAACAGAGUUGGUGUCAAUGGAUUAGACAAAGCUGGAAGCACAGCCUUAUACUGGGCAUGCCAUGGAGGACAUAAAGACAUAGUGGAAGUGCUACUGACACAGCCAAACAUAGAACUAAACCAACAGAAUAAACUGGGAGAUACAGCUUUGCAUGCUGCUGCAUGGAAAGGCUAUGCAGAUAUUGUAGAAUUGUUGCUGGCAAAAGAAGCCAGAACAGAUUUAAGAAACAAUGAGAAAAAAUUGGCUUUUGACAUGGCUACUAAUGCCGCAUGUGCUUCCCUGCUUAAAAAGAAAAAAGGACAAGACAUCAUGCGAACUUUAAGUAAUGCAGAGGAAUACCUUGAUGAUGAAGACUCUGACUGAAUUGCCUUAUGCCACUUUAAAAUCUACACUGUGCAACCUUCCUCUCACCUCCACCUUCCCUAAAAUCCUUUCCAUCUGUAACAACAAAAAUGUACUUUCACAUAUACUGUAAUGAAGUGUUACAAUAUCAUUGCUCUUUCGCAACUGACUCUGUAUUAGGGGUCAUGAAUGAUAUAGUUUCAAACAAUUUUUCUUGGUGAGGAAUAUGUGUAAGAUGGGUUUCUCUACCAAAUCUCUAACCUUACUGGAAAUGGGUAUUACUCUUUGAAAGCAGGGCUGCUCCAAAUAUUUGGGAUAUACAGAGAUCAUUCUAUUUGCAGGGCAAUUAGCCAUGCUAAAAUGUUUCCGGAAAAAUUAGUAUUAUUUUACAGAGAGGAACCUCUCAGGUAGAAGAUGUGCUUUUAGACACCCGUAACACCCUGGUGUGGCUGUGUGGAAUUAAAGCUGAAUUCUUUGCAUGCAGAAGCUCCAUGGGGAACCAAAAUGGUAAAGGGCAUACAGGGAUUGCUACCAAUGGUACAUCCUCCGUUGCCUUGUAGGAGAAUAUGUGGAGGAUUAGAAUGACUCUCCCAGGACAUGAGUGGUACAUGCACACUUCCCUCUUGUUGCCUGGGAAUAUCCAUGGUAGGAAAGAUAGCAUACCAUAGUAGCCUUGAUCAGGGACACAGAGUUAAUAAUGUUGGCAGGAGGCAGUGAGCACAGUUUGCUUCACUGGCCAGCACAAAAAGCUGCAGAUCCCACCCAAAUGGUUGCUCUGAGGAUGUAGCGAGGCUGAGCCCUUCCUUCCCCCUCCAUUACAACUGCAGGGGGACAGAAAAUGGGCUCAGAGAUGGCAGCCUUCAGCAAGUAGUCUCUGAUCCCAAAUUCCUUCCCUCACAGUGGUCACAUUGAAGAUGUAAGGAUGGUGAUCUCUUCCUUUCUCUCUGGAAUUCUCAUUGUUCAUGCCCCUUAUGAAUUUUGUUAGCUCCGCUCAACUUGUGUGUUUGUGUGUGUAUAAAUUUUAAAUGAUCGUAUUAGGAGAGGUUAAUGGAUGAAAUAUCCUUGACCUUCCGACUUUGUGACUCAAUCCUGAAAACCUUAGACAGGCAGUAUUCUUUUUGAAGGUAGUCAUUAAGAACUUUACCCUUAGCCAAGCUGGGUACAAACACAGUCCUGUCAGGUAACCAUCAAUUAUUCUGAUCAGCUGUUGAGUAAAGAGCGAGGAGCAGGGGAGAAACUUUAUAUCCAGCUCUUUACAGGCCUUCCCCAAUAGCUGAUGGGUGCUGUUGCUACAAACCGCCCCAACCCUUGAGGAGCCAUGCAUGUAAAGCAACCACUCACAAGGUCCAUGAUUCGGUUAGGGGUUAUUGUGCAGAAUCCUGUUUCUUUCUGUGUUUGCCACCCUACUGAUUGGGGGUGCUUAUCUGGUUAAGGAGCUUGUUCUUUGACUUGAAAUGAUAGCGUUAACGCUUUAAAAUGUUUUUGUGUUCAUACCUGUAUCAUGGAGGAAGGGAAUGUUUUUCACUUUAUCUUGCCUUAAGAAAAAUUAUUCCCUCUUGCUUUCCCAUUCUGUUCUUCCUGUCCCCCAAAGAGUCUUAUGUUGUAGUUUUGUUUCUAAGGUUUUUU